CCCAAAAACGAAUCGUGCGUCAAAGUUAUUACAGAAUCAGACCUUGUAGGAGGUGGUCGUGAUCUGUAAUUUUUUUAUUCUUCCUUUUCUUACGCGUUUCAUGCAAAUCCAGCCAAUUUCUGCUCCAAUCCUUUUUUUUUUUUUUUGCUAUGCAAACGAAGCAUUUUGUUUAAUUCUUCUUAUCAUUUUCGGUUAAAAAAAAAAAAAAAAAACUGUGUGAGAGAGAGAGAGAGAGGGAGAGAGAAGGCACUGAUUUGAACAAACUAUGGGCAUGAAGAUUUUGAAGAGAAAAUAAUUUGAAAAAGAAAAAAAGAAGAAAGAAAAAAAGUGACAAAGAAAUUGAAAAGGUAGAGCAAGAGAGAGAGAGAGAGAGAGAGAGAGAGGAGGAGAGGGGAAGGGGAAGGAGAGAGAAUGUCGGAUUCAGAUGAUGAAAAUUUGAUUCCUCCAUCCCAACAACAAGAUUCUUCUGAUUCCGAGACCACACCGCCUUCUUCUGAAGAUUCUUCUGGUUCUCCUCCUCCGCCUGAGGACACUGCAGAUCAAUCUUCAUUAUCUUCUUCUUCUCCUCCACCUGAUUCUUCUUCUUCUUCGCCUGCUCCACCCGACAACGAGUCGUCCUCUUCUUCUUCGCCACCUCCACCUGUAGAUGAAAAUGCCUCCUCCUCUCCGCCACCUCCAUCGAAGUCGGGCUCUCCAUCGAAGUUAGCCUCUCCACCUCCAUCAGCAGGCUCACCACCACCACCACCACCACCUGAAACUACCACUUCUUCACCACCACCACCACCAAUUCUAUCUCCACCACUUACGUCUCCACCGCCCAAAUCAUCAUCAUCAUCAUCAGCUUCUCCUCCUCCACCUUCUCCUACGCCAUCCACCACACCGCCGCCAUCAUCAACUUCUCCUCCUCCUCCAAUAUUAACAACAACGUCCGUUAAUCCUGAGAAUCCUCCGCCGCCAUUUCAGCCUCCGCCUCCGCCUCUAGACCCCACAGCCCCACCAACCACCCCUGUUUCUCCUCCGGCAGUUCCUGCGGCAACACCUCCGGCCACCGUCACACCCUCUCCGCCUAUCGAGCUCUCCCCUCCAAGCUCGGGUGCCGCUGCUGCUGCUACUCGUUCUCCUCCUCCAUCCAAUCACACACCAACAAGCUCCUCCAAUCCAACCAACUCCCUUUCCAAAACAGAUUCAUCAUCAAAAUCAUCAUCAGGUUCAGGUGGUUCGAGUUCCAACACCGGUGCUAUCGUUGGUGGAACUGUAGCUGGAAUCGUCGUCAUUGCCUUGAUAGCCGCCAUUUUCUUGACCACCAGAAGGAAGAAAAGAAAAGGAAAUAAGGAAGUCUAUACGACAGGCCAUUAUGCUCCACCCGGUAACUUUUCAAUGGAAUCAGAUAAUCAUGGAUAUUAUAGUGGACAGCAUCCGCAGCAGCAGCAGCAGCAACAAUUCAGUUACGCUUAUUCUGGUCCGGCAGAUCAAACCCAUUUUGCAUCACAAGUGCUUCCACCGCCGGCACAUUCUUCAAUUGGAAUCGGCUAUGGAAGUCAGAGAGGGAAUGGUUACUACCACGGUGGAGGUGGACAUGAGUCAGAUGUCAUAAGUGGUACUUGUUCCCAUUUCACCUAUGAAGAGUUGAUGGAGAUAACACAUGGAUUCGAUAGGAAAAACAUCAUCGGCGAAGGCGGAUUUGGAAGUGUCUAUAAAGGUUGGCUACCAGAUGGGAAAGUGGUUGCUGUGAAGCAGCUCAAGGCUGGUAGUGGACAGGGUGAGAGGGAAUUCAGGGCUGAAGUGGAGAUUAUAAGCAGAGUACAUCAUAGACAUUUGGUCUCUUUGGUUGGAUAUUGUAUCUCUGACCAACAGAGAUUGCUAAUCUAUGAAUUUCUUCCCAAUAAAACUUUAGAGCAUCAUCUGCAUAACGAUCGAUUGCCAGUUUUGGAAUGGACAAAAAGGUUAAAGAUUGCUUUAGGGUCUGCAAAGGGUUUGGCAUAUUUACAUGAGGACUGCCAUCCAAAAAUUAUUCACAGAGACAUUAAAACGUCAAACAUUCUGUUGGAUGAUGCUUUUGAGGCUCAGGUCUCAGAUUUUGGACUUGCCAAACUAUCAAACGACACUAAUACUCAUGUAUCAACACGAGUUAUGGGGACAUUUGGGUACAUGGCACCAGAGUAUGCAACAAGUGGAAAACUAACAGACAGAUCAGAUGUAUUCUCAUUUGGAGUAGUGCUACUAGAGCUUAUAACUGGGCGCAAACCAGUCGACCCUACUCAGCCGUUGGGGGAUGAAAGUUUGGUUGAAUGGGCUCGUCCACACCUUCUUCAUGCACUUGAAACUGGUGAUCUGAGUGAAUUAGUGGAUCCACGGUUGGGAAAGCAAUAUGUGCAGAGUGAAAUGUUCAGGAUGGUUGAGGCUGCUGCUGCAUGUGUUCGUCAUUCAGCUCCCAAACGGCCUCGAAUGGUUCAGGUGGUAAGAGCAUUGGAUUGUGAAGGAGAAGCUUCUGAUCUAUCUAAUGGGGUGAAAUAUGGGCAAAGCACAGUGUAUGACUCUGGGCAGUACAGUGAAGACAUUAUGAGAUUCAGGAGAAUGGCACUGGGCAGCAUAGAGAGCUUGGAAUAUGACAUGUACAGUGGAGAAUUCAACUCUACAGUAAUAUCUGGUCCACAAAACGAAUGGAAGAUUGAUUCCAGUGGUGAAUCAGAAACUCUAUCCUUUACCGGAGGCAAUGGUGAACGGAGAAUCAGCAAUUCCCAAAGCAAUGUUGGCAGCCGCCGGCUCUAAAGAUAUUGUGAACCAUUUGACAUGUCCAUACUAUUGUAUUUCUUUCUUCAAAUUGUUUUUGCCAACAUUGCACCAGAGAAAAGAACAUAUCUGCAAGAACUGCCUUUGCUGUGCUAAACUGAAAUAUUAAAUUGUAUAAAGAUUUUUUCUUCUC